CUGGUAAGUUGUCGCUGUUCAGCUUCCAUGGUCAUCCCAUGGUGAGUGCAGAUGCGGUCGUGGUACCCGGCCCCACCACAGGCCGACCUCUCUGCUUGGGCAAAAGGUCCAAUCUUUAAGGGCGAUGCCAAGGCGGUCGAGGAGCUGUUUUCAGUGCCAUGGAACCGGGCGCCUACACCUACACCUGUGAUCACGAGGCCAGUGGAGGUAGCGACGAUUGCCCCGCAAUUGCGGUCAUCUCCGUCCGCUCCCCUGCUAAACGCAGCCUCUCCGGGUGUGCCUGGCCCCGCUUUUCAGUUUGCACAAAUGCCACGUGAUCGACCUUCGAGUCCACAGGUGCAAGCGCCUUUCCUUAGAGGCCUGUCUGCGGCCCCGCAGCAGUGCGUUUUUACUCAGAUGCCUGGACCGUGCAGGCAGCGAAGUGCACCUGUUCUUCUUGGAGCACAGCAGGCACCUGCUGUGGCCUCUGCAAGCUCAGGUAGUGCUCAAGUGCAGCAGCAAUACAAGGAUGUUUCUAUCCGUCCACCUGCCACACCAGACAGAGGUUCGCAGACUCCAGUGGCAGUGGUGCGCACAACAACCCCGCGCUCUUUGCAUGUGCAGGCGCAAAUGCCCAUGAGAAGGCAAGGCGAGGCAGAUGGAGGUCUCAAACCACCUCCACCAGGUGUGACCGCCCCUUUUGCAACGCCUGAUGGUAUCUCUGCUUGUUCAGCAUUGCCUUGCAGGCAGCAAAGUGCACCCAUACUGGUUGCUCCACCACAGGUUACAGUUGUCACGACAACUCUGCCAAGUUCACACGCUUCACAACCAGCCCCAAUUCCACAAGGCCCAUGGAUGAGUGAGCAGAAAUCAGAGGAGAAGAAGGUGAAGUUCUCCAAGGGGAAAGAUGAAUUGGCAGACUUGCUUGCCAGACAACGUCGCCGUCGGGUGCUAACGGGUAGCUGUUUGGCUGCUUGGGCCGCGCAGUGGAGGGCAUCAAACCGUGCAUUGCUGACGACUUCAAGUGAGCAGUGUCGCAAGCUGCAAGAAGAGGUCAAUCAGAAAUCAGCCGCUGCACAGAGAGCAGAAGCAGAGCUCACGAGGCGCACUGAAGAUGAGUUCAGACGUUUGCGAGAGGUUCAGACAGAGCUUUCACAGCUGCAACAGGAGGCCCCAGCGCUGCAGGCGAGGCCACAGGCCCAGAAGGUGCCUUCAGUACCUGCUUUUCUUGUAGCACGCGCUGAGAAGACCUUGGCACAUUUGUGCUUGAUAGCUUGGCGCCGAGAGGUGCACAGCCGUCAAAGUGUUUGCAAAGUGUUGCAGCCCACCUGGGCAGCAGAGGCCAGACACUUGCUGCGGCGCACAUGGGUUCUUUGGCGACCAUUGGGUCGUUUGCAGCGGCAGAAGGCGACUCUGUCCAAGCUUGCAAGCGCAAACAUAGAAAGGGAGGCUUCCGCGUUCCUGCGGCGAGUCCUCGUUGCGUGGCGGGAGAAGGUUGCAUUGUCUCACUCUGGGUCGGCUUCCAAAGGUGAUCACGCGAGUGUCGGCACUGUUCCACUUUUGGGUGGACCCGAAGCAGUGCUCAGACCCAACAACAAGGUCAGGGAUGGCCGCGAGCAGCAAUCGCCAGCAUCCACUCAGCCACUGGACGUGCCCAAAGAGGUCACGAACGGCGUUCUACGAGAAGGCGACUCGACACCGCCGCCACCGCCACCGCCACGCAGGCGUUCCAUGCCAGGAGUUGAGAAGAAGCCUGAUGUGCUCACUGCGGAAGAAAGGCUCCAAGAAGCAGCAAAGAUGGUUGAGAUUCAGAGCCCCGUCCUACCAGUUGCACGGCCGGGUGGAGUUCAAUGGCGGGCAGCUGUGUGGCCAAUCACGGGGAACUCUGGUCGCACAGGAUUGCAACGGCCCGGUCAACGCGAUCACUUAGCAGGUGACAAGAUGAUACUGCGCUGUGGACCAUCCAAAGUAUGUCCCGAACGCAGUCAACGGGUCACAACGACAAAGUUGAAACAUGUCAUGUCAAGCAUACCUCUAAAACGGGUUUCUUCAUGUUUCUUCGCAGACCACUCAUGGCACUUAGGAAGGAGUCAAGAUGCCCCCUUGUAAAACUUUCCGUGAGGAGAAACUGGAGCCGGACGUUGACUGAUGCGAGUUCGAAGGGGCCUUGGAGACCAAAGAUGGUACUGUA